AUGAAAAUCUUACACUUCACAUUUUGUUUACGCAAAAGUGAUUCAUUCAUUGAUGUUGAUUUAGCAAUCAAAACAGGGAAAACAUUAAUUCAACCUUGUCCAAAAUGUUCAACUCAGACUCUGAGUACGUUUGUACACGCAAUGGAAAAGAUUUUAAAUGGUUCAAAAGUCAUUGUCAACAUGAAGGCUGGAACUGAUGUCGUGGAGUCUCUUGUGGAAUGGCAAACGUAA